AUUACUUGAAAAGCGACCGGAAUCUCUUCCUGGUCGAUGUGGACCGAAAGAAGACAUUCAGGGUGAGGUCUGUUGUUGUAGUUGCGAUAAUAAUGGGGAGAAUUACUGACCAUAUGUCGGGAGAGGCCCGUGGUUUAUGCAGGACUGCGUUGUGCGGCGUAUGAGGCCCACUUUCAUUAUGCUUGAACAGAUGUGCAGCGCUGCAUUCUCCGUGGACACUGUGUUAGCCGCUAACGCUACAGACUAGUGCACCUGUGACCGGCUUCUUUGUGUCAUUUCAAGCUGCGGUUGUUUUCCCCAUUGACUGUUAGUUAACUCAGCUUAUUAAGGUAAACUUUAGGAGGUUUUUUGCAAUCAUCCAGGGCGGCAAGCCCCAGUCACUGGUAUCCGACGUGCUGUGCAAUGUUGACGAAGAAGUCCGUCUCCAGAAAUGCGUGGUGUUCGCUCAGUUUGCCCCUGGCUGGAUGUUUAUAGAUCCACAUAGUCCCAGAGUAGUUCCGAAAGUCAGCGAUGGCGUCAUCCAAAGCAAAGGUCGGAGUCAACAGUGAGACAAACGCCCUUAAAGACAGUAGAAGCAACGCGAGCAGCUCAGCUGAGGACGCCUCACCACAUAACCGCACAUAUUGCCUUGAUGACCUGGAGACUGUCGCCACAGUCGGCACGGGGACUUUUGGACGGGUCUUCCUGGUCAAGGACAAAAAGAGCAGGGCCUUCUUUGCCCUGAAGCAGAUGAAGAUCCCUGACGUGAUCCGACUGAAGCAGGAGCAGCACGUCCACAACGAGAAGGAGGUGCUGAGCGAGGUCAACCACUCCUUUCUCAUCAGACUGUUCUGGACUCACCACGAUGAACGUUUUCUCUAUAUGCUCAUGGACUACGUGCCGGGCGGCGAGCUCUUCAGCUACUUACGGAGCCGUGGGCGCUUCAGCAACGCCACGGGCCUUUUCUAUACCUCUGAGAUCGUUUGUGCCAUUGAGUACCUCCACUCCAAAGAAAUUGUGUAUCGAGACCUGAAGCCUGAGAACAUCUUGCUGGACAGCGAAGGACACAUCCGUCUGACCGACUUUGGCUUCGCCAAGAAGCUCACGGACAGGACCUGGACUCUGUGUGGGACUCCUGAGUAUCUGGCCCCUGAAGUCAUCCAAAGCAAAGGUCACGGCCGGGCAGUGGACUGGUGGGCUCUGGGCAUCCUCAUCUUUGAAAUGCUGGCUGGGUAUCCACCUUUCUUUGAUGACAAUCCAUUUGGAAUCUAUCAGAAGAUUCUGGCUGCAAAACUGGAAUUCCCACGUCAUCUGGAUUUCUAUGUCAAAGACCUCAUAAAGAAGUUUCUCGUGAUUGACCGAGCCAGACGGCUAGGCAACAUGAAGAAUGGAGCCGACGACGUGAAAAAGCACCGAUGGUUUAAAACUAUUGACUGGGAGGCCGUUCCUCUGAGGAAACUAAAGCCUCCUAUAGUUCCUAAGGUUUCCCAUGAGGGCGACACCUCCAACUUUGAUGUUUACCCAGAGGACGACUGGAAAAAAGACCCCCCCGUGGCCGAGAAAGACUUGGAGGUCUUCAAAAACUUCUGAUCCCUCAGCCGUGUCUAUUUAUUAAUCGAUUGAUUUAUGUGGAUAACUAACAACACACAUUGUAAAACUACUAUUGCAGGUAGAAAACACUUAUUUAUCAAAUUGGGGGAUUUGCAUCUUAUCUGUAAUAAUGAACUUCCAAAGGACAGAUGCUGUGACGUGUACGUAUGAAACUAAAGACAUGGUUAGCUUUUUAUACUUUUAUUUAUCUGCUACUUUGAGUUUAUUUUAUUUUUUGUUUUUAUUCUCUGAGCCAUUCAUAUGCAAAAAUAUCUGGUUCAUUUGAAACCAAAAGACUGUUACUUUCUGGGUAUAAAACAGAAAAAAAAUCAGGUCUUUUUAUAUAGUCGUGUUUUAUAGUUUCUCUCUUUUUAAAAUGUUCAUGUAGUCAUGUUCAAUGUGACUGCAGACUGGUACUGUAACAGUCUUCUGAUCAGCAGUCAUUAAUGACUUAUUCUAUAUGUAGUCAGACACUUGGACAGGAAACCAGUAGCACUUGUAAAGAAAGUGCCUUACAUCACUGUUUGAUGUCUCGCAGCUACACAUUUGAAUUCUGUGCUGUGUCAAUGGAGUUCAAAGUAUAGUGGACGUGGAACGUGAGGUGCUGUUGGAGACAACAUACCACUGAACUGUUGUCACAUCUAAUAAUGUAAAGCUGUGUAACAUCUCUGCGUUAGGUCUCCACAGCCCAAGGUUUUUGCCAUGACUGUAGAGCCACAGCUGCUCUGCAGGCGCUUUGCUGCACCUCACUCAUUUUCAUUCUUGUUGUCGUAUUUUAUUUAAAGCCAAGGAUGUUAUGUAAGAGCCUCAUUUAGUGCAUCACAGUACAGAGUGAAUGUGCAGUUGGUAGGGAUACGAAUCUAAAUUCUCUAGAAGAACCAGUUCCCAGUUAUAGUUAGUCUGCCUGCCCAUCAACCCUGCUUAUCCCCUUGCAUUUGCACUACAGUCAGCCGAUUUCAGUUCAUGCGCCGAUGAGGUGGCACAGUUAUCUUUAUUGCACAAAACCGUGAGAGUGCAGUGGUACAAAGGAAAGUGUGUCAGGACAGAAACGGCUGUUAAUGAUGUCGCUAACACAACAUCAGCUCUUUACACAGACAGCACAGCGUGCUAACGCUAAGCUAGCCAAGAACCCAGAGUUAAAUGAAAGCAUCGUGAAUCUGACGCCAGCCCAGCGGUCAGAGCCUGAACAUUGACCGGCAUCGAAGCCAGCGAUGAAGCCUUCAUCUCCACCUGUUCAUGUUUCUAAAGUAGAGGCACCGUGGCGAUCGCUUAAAGUCUCUGUGCUGGUUUUCAUCUUUGCUUCGUGUUCAUACCUAAAUACUAAGACAAGGAUCACAUGCGUGUCCUCGUCAGGACAGGAUUUGUGUUGGUGUGUGCUGGGACUGUAGCCUCAUGUUAUUAAAUGCUUAUAAGAUGAUAGUUUCAGGUCACAAAGGACUUUCUCCUGGGAACAGUAAACUAAAGCACUUCAUUGCUUUUAAGAACAGUGUUCUGACUAAUAUAUUUUUGAGUAAUGACCCCAGCACUGAUCGCACAGCAUGCAAUUACUCUGAACGACUAUAAUGUUGUUGAUGUGCUGCUUAGUGAAGGUGAUGACUCUAAAAGCAGAGCCAGUGAAAAUCAAUCGGUGAUAUUGAUCUUAUCAGUUCCCAUUCUUAGCAUCCGUACAGUCAGUAUUCAUUAGCAUUUCUGUGAACUGUUGCUUGCUGAGUAUCACAACCAUAUCGACCUUCCAAAAUAAACCUUGUUUAUCACGGGUUUUGUGCCUCAUGCUUCAUUAUGAGUUGGAUCCAUCUCAUUCUAACUAAAAUCGGCACAGCUUUCUUCCCUGCCUCCAGUGCACAUGGCAGGCUCCAUAAAAGGAUGGGUGGAUGGGGUUGGUGAAGAAGCUGAACCCUACCGAACACCUCCAGGAUGAAGUAGAAGGGAUGUUGAACUCUUGUCAAACAUCACUGGCUGACUUCAGAAGUGCUGACUCCACUCCACUUGACCUUUUAGGCUGUUGUGAAAAUUUUCUAAAAACGUUGAAAGUAGCAGGAGCAACCUGAUGGAAGCCAUGAUGUUUGUUCAGAUGGAUACGAUGAUAGAAGGGUUGUAUUUUAUUAUCCACCGUCCGCAGGAUGACAUAAGAGUAUUUUCCUUUUUUCAUUCGUCCCUCGUGUCUGUAUCCUGUUUUGUAAACACUGGAAUUAUUUUUCCUAAUUCGCUGUGCAGAUGUUGCUCUGAACACAACCUUACUGGACCUUUGAAACAUCCUAGCCUAUCAAUGCCUUUGACUGGAAUUUGUUUUUGAUACUUGCUCCAGCAUCAAUUCAUGUAAAACACUCUGGGUGGACUGUGUCUCGCUGCAGAAACAAUCACCCAAUGUCCUUUUUACACAGGUUUUCCUCAUCCAUUUAUUUGUAUGUAGCUGCAGCCACACUGUCCAUAAACAAGUUUUUUUUCUGAUUGCUGUUUUUGUUUUUACAACUCAAAUUGUUCCAGAGCUUGUGGCACACCCUGAAGACAUUUUAAAAACACGUUUUAAAGGUGAAAAGUAGCUCCUGUGAAAUGAGUUAGCGAGAGUCAUUUGUCAGAUAAGGCCGAGAUACCCCCUCAUGUCCACGUAGGUCUGCAAAAGUCCAGACAGCUAGAAGGAUACCAGAAUAGUGGAGCUGUUGGCGAGCCAUGUAUCUCAUGAUGGUAAGCUUUUCUCGUUGCACUUUUGUGUUAUACGGACAAACAAAGCUGCUUUUCUGUUGUAACAGCGACGUUAUGUGGUUCAGGACCUUACAGAAGUAGACGAAAGUCCACUCUUCAAGCUCGCAGAUGACUUACGCAUUGUUUAUCAGUCCAAUGUCAGUUGCAGUGGACUCCAGACAUUGCAACUCUAAAUUAGAUAAACUGAUAAGAAAAUGAUUGGAUCCAAGUGUCUCGAGCACCUGAGACCUGCUGUCAGGCAGAGAGCACCUGUCCCCUGCAGCACCUGUCCCCUGCAUCACCUGUCCCCUGCAUCACCUGUCCCCUGCAGCACCUGUCCCCUGCAGCACCUGUCCCCUGCAGUUAUAAAAUGGCAUGUUUGCUUACAUUUAUUUAUUUAAAAUAAAAGAGAAAUUCUCAUUCCUGUGAAUAAGUCCUCAAGAGAAGUGGAAACAUCAGAGAUUUAACUUCAGUGAACUGAAAUCUAACUUUAGAUCCUUCAGACUCAGGUCACUGCAUCUGUAAGACUGCACAUAGAUCUACUGAAGGUUUUCCAGAACAUUAUCACACAUGGAUGAAUUCUGAGGUGGACCUUUUAAAGGAGACUCUUAGUGAUUCAGUGACAGUCUGUUAGCUAUGGAUGAAUGAAAACCCAAACUCCUGAGCCACAUAAUAAAGAAGCAGCUCUGUUAGGCCGCUGAAGGGAAGGACCACUGCAAACCAACUCAGAGCUCCCAUUCAGUGAAUGGUUUGAUUAAAAUGAUAAGGAUCCUGUUCUUUGACGGUCCUAGUCAGCAGAUCUUAACAUGUCCACUUGUUAAACACUAAAAGUAGUGUCCACCCUCCGGGACGAUGCCAGAAAAUUCAAGAAUCGGCGACUGCAUGCUGUAACCUGACACCUUUACCUUUAUGGACACGCCUGUGCUGUAAUCACCUGAGCUUAAAUGUGUUGUUGACAUUUGUGUGUUAUUGUCUUGAUACUUAUCAGAGUGUAUGAUUGAAUUAUGCUGUUUAUGGGCAUCAUUUUACAAAGAGCUUUGUGUCCUGUUAAGUAGUUUUUCUAAAUAGAAACGUCCGCAUGCUUUAAAAUACCUGAAGUGUCACACUAAUCUGUACUCGCAGGUUUUUCUCUUUGCUGUACCCCUGCUGCAUUUCAAGCUUUGUUUUCUUACCCGACGAGUGUACAUGUUCUGUCCAGUCCUGGGACAUUGUGUCUUACACAGCAAUAUAUUGUUUAAAAUGUCAACCUUUGUCUUGGAAAUAUGUUUUCUGGUGCAAAUAUGCAUUGUUUUCUACCCAAUACGUAGCAAUGCCUUUUCAUUUCCAUGAAUUCUAGUUAUACCUUUAGCUCUGAAGCCUGAGUGAAGUUUUAAACUGUCGAAACAAGUGGAGUUUAUAAAGAAGCAUGUUUUGUCCAGCUUGGUUUAUUUUAC